UGUCUGAAGAUGAUAACUUCACUUCCGCUUUGAGCAACGUAAACUCAAAACAGCACGCCAAAACUCUUUGGAGCUCCGCUCUCGACUCGCCGGACGCUGAGCUUUUAUGCAUAACUUUUUAGUUCCACAUAAAAUAUUUUUUUCUAAAAACAAGGACCGUAAAAAAAAGCUGUCGUCGAGGCUGUCAUGUUGAACACAGACGAAAGUUCCUGGUUAGCGGGCUCGCGGCUGACCAGCUCCAUUCCGCAGCCACCGGGGCCUCAGUGGUGCUCCGAUGCCCCUCACCCACAGCUGAAGAUCCCGGGUGGGCGAGGGACAGUCAGGGAUCACUCUCUCGGCGUACUACUACACAAGGAUGAGAGGUUGACUGUGACACAAGCCACGGAGGUGAACAGGAACCCUUCACUGCUGCGCUUCCACUUCCAGCUGAGUGAGCGCCGCUCGGCCUUCUGGGAUACGGGUCUGUCAGAAGAUAACCUCUUCCUGGAGAUUCCUCCGGGCCCGCUGGUCGAGGGUAGCAAAGAGGGGCUUACCGCUCUGCUGGAGUUUGCGGAGGAGACGUUAAAGGUGAACUCUGUCUUCCUGUGGUUCCACAAAGGCCGAGAAGAUCGAUUGUCCAUCAUCAAGACGUUCCACUACAUGGGCUUCGAGAUGGUGAAGCCAGGCGACCCCUCGGUUCCAGCCCGGCCCGACUUGGCCUUCAUGGUUUACUCUCUGGACAACUGCAGCAGCAGCUCUGACGAGGAGUGAGCCAACGUUGAAACGUUUCUACUCCUUCCCUUUUCCUAUUGCUUUUGGGAUUGAGGGUCUUUUUUUUCCCUUUUUUUUUUCUCCUCCCCCCCUCUCUCCAUGUCCCUCUGAGACUGCGAGCCAAGUCGCUUGAAACUAACUUGUCACAUGCCAGCUUUUUCCUCCCCCCUUUCCUGCCUUUUUUUGGCAGGGGGCACACACACACACACACACACACUGUCGACGACAGAGCGUUCAGCGAAAUGACCUUUUGAAGAUGCUCAUAGCACCCCUCAUAGUUUUAAGAGGAGACUUUAAUAACCUUGUGACUAUCAUUGUCAACGAUCCACGGUCGACUAAACGGUCAAAUUUAACCUUCAUGGGCCAUUCCGACAAAACAUCACGUCAAUCGCAAGUCACUGACCGGUCUAUUUUCGACAUCAGCAGGGAUCCCGGUUCAGUAAACUGUUAACUUGCAGAUUCUAAGGAGUCUCUUUGAACCUUCGUGCACCAUUCUGGCACAUGCCAUAACAAGUCAUUGGCCGGUCUAGUUUUACAUCAACAAAGGUCAAGGGUCAAUAAAAUUGUAACUAUUUAUUUAAAAAAAAAAAAAAAAAAAUUGACGUCGGAAUGGUGCAUUUGUUAGUUAUUCUGGUUCAUCAGAAGUCAUUGGUCUGUCUAGUUUAUUGACAUCAACCUAGAUCAAGGGUCAGUUGACAUAAACAAGGAUCAGGGGUCAAACUGUAACCAUGUAGAGCUGAAACACAAAAUGUAAUUUUUGACUUUUAAGGUACCAUUCAGGUCAGUCAUUCUAUUCCAGGUGUGUCAAACUCAUUUUUGGCGCAGGCCACAUCCUAGUUAUGUUUUCCCUCAGACGGCUGUUAUGACUGUGAAACUGUAUAAAUAUAUAAUCGCCUUAUCUUAUUAAAUACAGAACAAACUGAUGGAUAAGUAGUUUUGAAAUCAGAAGCUAAUAAACCGUUCAGCUAUUAUUAUUUUUAUUUUAAAAGGGGGACUUAUCAAAAAAUGCAUGCAAUUCUCAAUCAAUUGCGGUAUUUUAGCGGUAAACAAGAAGCCGACGCACAUGAUUUGCUUUCGUGGGCCACAUUAAAUGCUGUGGCGGGCCGGAUCUUGAUUUUGACACCAACCAGAAGUCAUUGGUUGGUCUAGUUUAUCAACAUCAAGGAUUGCAUCUGACAAAAACUGUUACCAUGUAGAUUUGAAAAAAAAAAAUGUGUUACAUAAGAGAUAAGGAUGGAGGAGCAAUCAACUGUUAGCAUGUAGAUUAGAUUUAAAAAAAUCAUUUAAUUCAUGAAUUAAUAAUUUUGGCAAUCAUUCAAGUCAUCCAAAAUUAUUGGCCGGCCUCGUUCAAUAUAAACAAAGUUGGCGGAGCAAUAAAACACUUAACAUGUAGAUUAUUAUUAUUUUAUAAAGUCUCGUUCAAAAUUCAUGCACUAUUCUGGCAACUGUCAGUCAUCGUAGUCUGUCAGAAGUCAUUGGCUGGUCCAACCAAGUCUUUCCGCACCAGGAGUGUUCGAGUUUGUUCCUUUUGAGUCUUAAGGAGGAAAAUGUUUGUUUUCACCCCCCAAAAUUGUGUGUACGUGCGGAAAGAACACUUCAGGGUAUUAUGAUAUAUGCAAUUAGAUUUCACAUUGCAGGAGGUAUCUUGCAGACACUUUAUUAUAAUUUUUUUUUUUUUUUUUUUUUAAAUUAGCACUUUGAACACAAUGCCAAAGAAGCUUUUAUCUUGGCUGGGAGGGGGGGAUCUUUUGUUUCUAAACAUCUUCCAGGUCUGCUCAAUAUUAUGCAUUUUCUCUCGUCUAUUUUUUAUGUAUAUUUCUCUAUAUGGUCAUAGUUGAGGUAUUUAUUGUUUUGUUUUUCCCUGGGAACAUAGUUAGGUUCCUUUGGAUGACAAGCCACACUUGUACACUGUGGGUAAACUUGUCUCUUGCGGUGGGGAAAAGAAGUGUAAAAAAAAAAGAAAUAAAAUGGAUACAAAUGUU